GGAUUUCAAUUGGAUUUUUGUAUUAUUGAAUGAAAAUGAAAAACUAAAUAAUAAUAAUAAUAAACAUAAUUAAAAUCAAUUAAUUUAUUUAAUAUUUUAAUAAAACUGUUUGACAUUACAAUAGCUUGAAGACAUCACCAGAUGAUCACCAGUGAUGGUCGACAACAUGUGGCCAAUGAUUUUGGACAACACUCGCGAUGAAUGCAAACGAUCGCUCCGGAGAUAUGAACUGGAGGCCUACUCGGCAGUGGUAACGGCUCUCAGAGCACAGGGAGACCUCAAUAAAGACAAAAGAAAAUUACUACAAGACUUGUGUUCACUCUUGAGUAUAAGCCUUGAACGACACCGGGCAGAGAUCAGACGCGCCGUCAACGAUGAAAAGCUCAAUACAAUCGCACACCACAUGUCCGGCGCCAAUACGUCGACCGAAUGGACAAUCGAAGGCCGCCGACUGAUACCUUUGUUGCCUCGACUGGUGCCUCAAACGGCGUUUACUGGUGUGGCUAACUCUGUGGCCAAUGAGCACCUGAGUCGCAACCAAAACAUUUUGCAUCCAUCGGAGACAGGAAUGAAACACGAUAUGAAUCAAGUAGUGGACGACAACAGCACAUAUGAGACGAGUCCUAAGAGGCGGCGUAUUGACAGCCAAAGUCAGCCGACAUUUGUUCCCAUCAAAUCCAAUCAAAACGAACCGAUUAUAGUUCAGAGCGGACCGACCACUCCAUCAAACCAUCGAACACCUCAUUCAAUAUCCAAAGUGACGACAACCCGAACAGUGGUCAGUGCCAGCAAUUGUUACACAAUCACAACACCCACAUCGCAAAGCUCUGCUCGAGUGAUAAUCGUUUCGACUCCGACCACCACAUCAUCUACUGUUAUGACUCCAUCCACUCGAGGAUUAACAGCCAUUCCAUACAUUUCAAAGCAAACCAUAUCAUCAUCACCGCAAAAGACUACCACUUUUGACAUACCGAGUAGUAGAGGCUCGAAACAGGCGCGCACAAGUAAAUCGGCUUCGGUAGUCGGUGUUAUCGGUGUCUCUGGCAGUCAAAAAUCGUAUAAACAGUUACCUAACAAAACGAUAAACGCUGGAAAUCUAUCGUUUGGUAACAUAACACGAAUUCCGGUCAUACCGGGAACUAAUGUUAUCAAAUCCAAUGGCCAGCAACAGCUGGUAGUUGUACCAAUCAAUUCGCGACAAUUGAUUCCAAUCAAUCAGGCUGUGAAAUCAUCUGGAGGUCAAACAGUCAACACACCGACACUUAUCUAUCAUCCGAAUAUCAAAAACGCCAAUCAGAAAGUGAUCGGACAACAACCGAAUCUCAUAAUCAUGCAAAAGGGAGGCUUAACUCAAAUGGCCAAAACAAUACCGAUAUCCAGUGCCAUAACCAUAAAUAAGGCGUCGAUAACCAAACCCAUAAUGAAAACAACAACCACCGCUGCCGCCACCACCAUUGCUGGCGGACAGCACCGGAAACAAGUGAUCGAUAUCGGACCCAUUCCGGGCACACAAACGUUUACAUUGAGUGACAACACAAAGAUUAUUACAAAACGAUUGCAGACAUCAUCCAAAUCAUUGCAAGAGAUCGCCGAAAGUUUAUCGGAAAACCAGAAAGUCAUCGAAAUUGAUGCCUCAAACUCGGAAACGUUAGCCAACAUCUUAAAUAAGUUUUUAUAUGAAAAGGGCGGCCAAAUAACACAGGCCGAUCUGAUCGAGUUUCUCAAGAAACACUCGGCCAACACAUCAGCAGCCAUUGGUGGUGGGCAACUCACGAGUGACCGGAAUCGCGAUGAUGACGGCGGCAACGAUUCGUCAUCCGAAGAUACAGUAUCAACGUGUGAAUCACCGAAUCAUGAUUUUGAAUCUGAAUUCGAAACAUUACCCGAAACUACCGGUACUGGUGUGAGGACAACAACCAACAUCACCACAACACCGGCUACCGCUGUCGUCGGUAUCGAUGGAAUGGUCAAAACAGUUGCCGAAUAACAAUAAUAUACUAAUAAUCAAAUUUAUUUUUUAGACCAAAGUGUAAUUUUCUUAUUUUGAUUUUAUUUGGUGAUCAACAACAACAACAUAAACAAAUAAGAAACAAUAAUAUAUUAUGUAUAGAUUUUUUUUUAAUUAUUAUUAUGACUACCGUAAUAAUUAUUUUAAUGUAUUAUUAUUAUUAUUAUUAUUAUUAACAAUU